AUGCAAUCCUGGAUACGAUCGCCACAAUUACAAGCGUAUAAAUUCGUGCCGUAUAGAGCAAUCAGCCAAACUUCGAUUCUUCUACAACAAUUGAAUAAAAAGACGAGCCAUAAAAUGGAAGCAAAAGAAGUCCACCCGAUUAGAUCGAAUGAGGAAAGGCAAGACGUGUCAAAGAAACUGGAUAUUUCACCGAAGGUCGUGACCAAGGAGCAACUAUUAGCAAAAGCAACCAACAUGUAUUCCAGAUUUAAAAUACGUCUUAAAUGGCUUUUGAAAAAAUCAAACCGGCCUUUCAAUACCGAUGACUACUCGGCAUUUUUUUCCUGGAUAGUUGUAGGGAACGUGUUUUUGUUCUUUGUUGCAACAACUACAUUCUUUUCCCUCGUGAUCUUUACCGCCAACACUGUGUUUGCGCAGGAGUUUGUGGCCAGAAAAUUUGGAGAACUAAUUACAAAGAAUUCAAAUAUCACAGUUACUUUUGAAAGCGCCAUAGUCCCAGGCUGGUCGGAUGGAAAGAUUAGUUUCCGAAAGUGCUUUGUCAGUAGAAGGCCAAAGAAGAUUGAAAAGUUCAUCAAAGGAUCACAGCAGGAGGAAUACGAGAAAAGUUUACUCGUGAGUGAUACAGGCGUAGUUGCUGAUGAGGAAGAUAUAUUUGAAGACGACGGAAACUAUACGCAAUUUGAUCUAACGAUAGAAGAGGUCAAUAUUUCAUUGUCGUUUAAUAAAUGGGUCAACGGUACAGGAAUGAUCGAGACUUUGGAUAUGAAGGGAGUUAGAGGAGUGGUGGACCGGACACACGUGCGUUGGGACCCAGAUGAUGAUGCUACAAAUUACAAAAAUGUGUACCAACCGGGCGAUUUCGAAUUCGAGGAGUUCAAAAUGGAGGAUGUGCUAUUCGAAUUGAAACAGCCGAAUGGAUUUAGGCCGUUUGAUGUUUCGAUAUAUAAUUGCGAGUUGUCGAAAUUGAGAAAACACUGGUUGUUUUACGAUUUUUUGAAUGCCGAGGUCAUGAGUGGCUCUUAUGACAAUUCGUUGUUCACUGUACAUAAAAAGCAAAGGCUAAGCGAUUUUUCAUUCAAUGAUGAAGGAAGAGAGAGCCCACCGAGCAAAUGGAAAAGAAUAACAUGCCUACGGGUUGAUGCGCUAAACAUUGAUCAUUUGAAUAGGGGCCUAGAAGGUCCAUUUGGUUGGAUUACAGAUGGUAAGGUGGAUAUGGUUGGUGAAAUCAUGGUGCCUCGAGAGGAUAACAACGAGAUAGGUGUAAAAGAAAUUGUAAAUAUGAUCACCGAGUCGAUUACAAAAGAAGCUACGAGGUAUAAGAACCCAGAAGUUCAAUCAAAACACCCAGAUAUGCAUACCCGUUUAACCCACGACGAUUACACCGACAUUUCAAAAUACUUUGUUUUAGAUCUAACUAUAAGGCUAAACAACGUGAGAGCAACGGUACCGUUUAAAGCACCCGAAUUAUCGUACAUUAACUAUGCACUUAUUAGACCAAUUGUGGCGUAUAUCAACUCCAAAAACACAUUCAUUGAGAUCCACAACAGAGUGGUGAAAAACAUACAAGACUUUGACGGUUCCUGGACGGUUUAUGAUUCGCUUCUUAUGGACGACAUAUCUGAGGAGGUGUAUGACAAUUUCGUCGACUACGUUGCUGAUGAGGAAGCGAGGUUGAUAAGGAUGAAAAGGGUAGGAUUUUGGUCGCUUCAGUUAUUUCUACAGUUGGUCCUCGUUGGGUUGGGUACAUUGGCUUGA